UCAACGCACAAGUCAUCGCAAUCUGUGGAUAAUAUUUACGAAGAUGACAACGAGUUGCAGAAUUUUGAGAGCGUAUCACAGGGCACGAAAUCGACAAAUCGCCAUGAAAGUACCACAGUAACGCCGAGUAGCUAUUCAGAGAGCAGUUUAGAUGCAAAGUCACACGAUUGCCUAAGUAAUCGCUCUUCCUCAAAGAAACGUGUUAAUAUACGCACUGACCCGCUGCAUGUACGCAGCCAACGCGAGUCACCGGAAAUUGUUAACUAUGAGGAUUUAGAAUCGGGCGAAACGAGCGUUUUAAAUACGGAUGUGCAUAGUUUGGAGAGGUACAAUACGCGUAGAUCAAUGGACAGUAACUACUUAACUAUGACAGGUACAAUUAAACGCGGACGCAAGAAGGGUCAAAGCCUCGAUUUGCAAAUAAAUAUUAGUCGUGAGGAGCUGGAGCAAAUAAAUGCUGUUGCCGCUGCGGUUCAAGUGAAUAAACAACAGAAUCUCUGUUGCAGCUGCACUCCGCAAACCGGUCUACAUAUCCUUUUCUUAUCGCUAGUAUGUCUUCCAUUCGUAACAUUAGUCUCGAGCAUCUAUUCAUUUUAUAUUGGCACGCUUACCUGGUACAAUAUGUUCAACUACUUCAGUGAGGAGAAAUCAUGCCUUUAUAAAUUUUUUAUGUCACCCAUCCUGAUACUUGCCUAUCCUGUCGGUAUACUCGUUUGCACUCUCGGCUUGGGGAUAUAUGCGGGCAUUUCACAAUUGAGUCUACAAUUUAAUAGCUGGCUUAAUGAGAUAGCCGACAUAGAGAAGGGCUUCUACGGUUGGCUAUGCUCGUUUCUACAUCUCUCCGACUGCAGUCCAUACGAGGUGGUUAUAUUGACGGACAUUCGACUGCCGCAGGAUGUGCCACGUGUACAUGUGAAUACGUCCACUGAAGAAUUAUCGCUGUAA